AGCGCCAACUUCUGCUGUCCCGUUUGCCUCGACCAAACAUACUUGACUGGAUACUCAGUGAAAUAUAUUAAGUCUUCGACCUGGAAUAACUAAUUAAGCGAGGUGCGCUGUUGCAUCUCUGGGGAGAUAAAUAAAAAAACGCGUCUACCGAGGCAACGUCGGCCUGCGUAAAGAUGCCAGGUCUGCAGAGGGGAGGCGCGGUGGCGGCGCUGGGGAGCCCCAUCAGGAGCCCCAUCAGGAGGAGUAAGCUGUCCCUGAAGUUCCUCCAGAAGAAGGAAACUAAGCGGGCUCUGGAUUUCUCCGAACCUCAAGCCGAUGAGCCCAAAGCGGUGGAGGAAGUGGAGCCCGAGGCGAUCGGCUGUGAUCAGACGGUCCCGUGUCCGGCCUCACCUGGCCUUCUCCUGUCGGGUGAGAAGAGGGAGGGCAUGGCGCCAUUUGUGGGUUUCAACAACUUGGGCAACACCUGCUAUUUGAACAGUAUCCUACAGGUGCUGUACUACUGCCCCGGGCUCAGAGAAGGAGUCAAGAAACUGUACAACCUGUCGAAAAGAAAAGACUCAACAAAGGAAGAAACUGAUAAAAGCGAAGAGUCAGAAGUUGUCGGCGCCGCUGUGCCGGCUCACAUCGAGCUCCUCGGGAGCUUCAACAGUCUCAUAACGUCGGUGGAGCAGCUGCAGUCCAACUUCCUGUUGAACCCCGACAGCUUCAGCGACGGAGAGCUCGCUACGCCGCCUCGAAAGAUGCUCAACACGCUCAGGCAGCUGAACCCCAUGUAUGAAGGCUAUCUUCAGCACGAUGCCCAAGAGGUGCUGCAGUGCAUUCUGGGAUACAUCCAAGAGGCUUGCGCCACCAUCAGGAAAGAGCAGGAGUCGGAGAGGGACGAGGCCCGCAAGACCGAGGUGAAACUCGGGAACGACGUGCGUUUGGGAUCCGGCAGCAGCUCCGCACCGGAGUCCAAAAGUCCCUCGGAAGAGGAAGACGAGGGCCAAGUCAGCGGCAAGAGGAAGAGCGACACCGAGGUGGGCAACGCCAAAAAGAAGCCCAAAUCUGUCAAGUCCAAGAAAUCCGAGGCGGAGGAUAACAAACCCCUCACCCGCUCCAAAAGGAAGUCCAUCGGCGACAUCGCGGCGCCCGGGGACGAAGAGGAGGGGGCCGAGAACGAAAAGACGAAGAAGCUAAUUGGGGCGGAGGGGAAAGGCGACAAGGCGACCAAAGAGGCCGACGGGAAAGGGAAGAAGAGGUCCAAGCUGAGCUGGCUGAGGCCGUCUGGGAAACAACCGAGUAUCUUCUCCAAGUUCCUCAGCGUGGGGAAGAUCAGCUCCGCCAAGAACACGAGCAAACCGGAGAACGGGCCGGGCGAGAAGACGAGCGAGGAGACGGCGCCGGAAAGAGAGGAAGAGGAGACGCCAGUGAAGCUCCAGGAGGACCUGGACCUGAUGGAGCAUUUGUUCCAGGGCCAGCUGGUUCUGAGGACUCGCUGUCUGGAGUGCGAGAGCUUCACGGAGCGGAGGGAAGGCUUCCAGGACAUCAGCGUCCCGGUGCUCGACGACGAGCCCGGCGGCCCCGACGACCUCUCCGAGGUUUCUCCCGAUCCCAAACCGGGGCCGAAGACUCUGAAAUGGGCGAUCGCUCAGUUUGCGUCGGUGGAGCGCAUCGUCGGGGAGGACAAGUACUUCUGCGAGACGUGUCGGCACUACGCGGAGGCCGAGAGGAGCCUGCUGUUCGACAAAACGCCCGAGGUCAUCACCAUCCACCUGAAGCGCUUCUCCGCCAACAGUCUGGACUUGGACCCGUACGCCGGUCUGUCCAAGGUCAACACCCCCCUGCAAACCCCUCUGACCUUGUCCCUGGAGGAGUGGUGCACCCGGUCCUCGGCCGCCACGGGCCAGCGCUACCGGCUGUUCGCCGUGGUCAUGCACAGCGGCGUCACCAUCAGCAGCGGCCACUACACGGCCUACGUCCGCAUGUCCGACCUGAAGGACGCCAAGCUGUGGGACGGGAAGGAGAGAGAGGAGGAGGAGGAGGAAGAAACCCAAGCGAAGGACUACGACGACGGAGAGGUGUCGUUCACCCGCGGCGCCAGAGGACCGAGGGCGGCGAGCGGCAAAACGGGAGGGAAGAAGAAGAAGUCGUCGUCGUCGGGCGCCGUCGGGCUCCUGGGCGGCCAGAGGAGUCUGGCGAGCUGCGAGCUCGGGGCGGACGGGUCCAAGCGGAAGAAACCCGGCGGCGACGCCGCGAGAGACGGCGCCGGCGCCUCGACUUCCUGCGGCGAGGCCACCGAGCGGCGGGCGCUGAGCAGCCUCCGCGAAUACGAGGGCAAGUGGCUGCUGUUCGACGACUCUGAGGUGCGUCUGUUCGAGGAGGAGGACUUCCUGCGCUGCUGCUCCCCCGACACGUCGUCCACGGCAACGCCGUACCUGCUGUUCUACAGGAGGAUGCCCCCGAACUGACGGGACGCAAGGUCGUGCACACACACACACACACACACACGGACACAUUCAGAUGUGUGUGUGGGCGAAACCAGCGCACACGCCCCUCGAGAUCCUCAUGAACCUAUUUUUAGGUUUUUAUAAAUAUUCAGUCAAAUGGGAAUUACACUUUCUACUUUCGAGUCCUCGUGUUUUUUUGGUUUCCUCGAAGUUUUUUAUUUUUACAGAACUUUUACGAUUUAAAAAAAUGCAGAAAUGAGUUUCUUUCUCAGCCCAUUUUUGUUUUUCUUUCUUAAAAAUUUAUUCGUAUGAUGGACUGUUACCGCGUGUUUGGAAGAGAUUACGACAGAAAAAGAACCAAAUAUUUUUCCAUUUCAAUAUCUAAUAUGAUUUAUGAGGUAAGAAAACCAAACCGGACCCUGAGGCUUCUUUAUUCUUCUAAGACAUCUGUGUAAUCUUUACAUCGUCAUAUUUUUACAUUGAAAAAAACCCACGUAAUGUUUAUCUAAUAUAUGCCAAGUUUAUACCCGGUUCUGUUAAUACUCAUAUCGUUAUCGCAGGGAGCAAAUUCAGAGUAAAGAUAUUUAAAACUUUGGUCAAAUGUAUAUUUCUUUAAUCCGCUCUCGUUCCAUAUUUAUAAAUAGUGAUAAGAGGAGACGGUCACGUCCGGCGCAGUGAGACUGAAUGUUGGACCGGCCUGGUUUUCAAGAGUUUAUUUUUGGGCUAAACAAACAGACACAUUUAUGAUUUCACAUCUCAAAGUGUCAGUUUGAUGCUUUCCUACGUCGUGUUGGACGUUUGUCUCGUCUUUUGUUCUCAAGUAUUACAAACUAAAGGCUUUUGAAUAAAGUUCCUCCCUCGGCGUCAGGCUGGUUUAAAACUCGUCUCUCACUCUCAUCACAAAGUAUUUUUCUCUCAGAACGAACACAAAUAAUCAUGUCGCUAUUGUUCUUUUGUACUCGAUGCAUAUCUUUGUUUAAAAAAAAAUAAUAUGAUGGUGUUAAAAAUACAGAGUGACGGUGAUUGUCUCAGGUUCCACAGCGUCGGCAUUUAUAAAUCAAUCAUCAGGGAUUGAUUUAGUUAUUUAGUUUAUUAUUAUCCAUUAUGGAUGUACAGCUGUAAUCAUAUUCUUGUUGCCAGGUAAAUUCUAAAGCAAUAAAGUUUUUUUUUGUCCAUCUGGCAAAAGUCAUUCACACUCAACAAUGAAAAAAUGAAUAUACAACAAAUGGAACAUUAAAAUAUUUAUUUAGUAAAAUAUUUAAAAUAAACAUAAAACUACAUGAAAUAAUACAAGGAUGUUCAAAGCACCUACCUUUUUAAAAACAUUCUUUUAAAUAAUAAUAAAGCAAUCAUGAUAAAUAAUGGUACCACUUGUUUUGUUUUUUUAAGCCCCCCCCCCCCCAAAAAAUGUAUUACCGUUUACUUGUAAAAUGCAUUUUGCUACGCAGUAAUAAAAAAGUGCACACAUGAAAUUGAAUAGAUUUCUGGUGGUUCAUCGUUUUACCUGACUUUUUU